UGAUAACACAAAAAGAAAUUUAAAAAUGAAAAUGGUGGUGAAAUGCCAUUCAUGGCAUUGAGGGUAUUUUUGUCUAGAAAAAGUUUAAAACAAUGAAAAUGUAGCGCAGACGAUAUUAAUCGAAGUUAAUGGACCUCGAAAAAUAUUUUUCAGAUGUUACAGACCAAAAUUAAUAUUCCCUAUUUUUUUUUUCCGAAGUUUGUGUGUGUUCACGGUUCAAGAACACAAACAUAGUUUAGUCUAUUACUAUAUAGGUCCCUAGAUAAUAUAGGUUCCCACUGUACUUGUGAGUUUUUGCGAGCUAUGCCUAAUCUCGUGAAUGGAGUCAGCCUCACCCAUUUCCUUUAACUACAUGUGUUGGUCCACAUAGCAAAAAACAAAAUAUCAAUCUCAGUAUCAAUGGCGGAGGCAGGUAGCAGGUAUGCAUUAGUCACCGGUGGGAACAAAGGAAUCGGUUUGGAGAUCUGUAAGCAGUUAGCUUCCAAAGGAAUUACUGUGAUAUUAACUUCAAGGGAUGAGAAGAGAGGCAUUGAAGCAGUGCAAUCCCUCAAGGACUCUGGCCUCUCUGAUUAUGUGGUUUUUCAACAACUCAAUGUUGUCGAUUCUGCAAGCAUCGCUGCUGCUGCCCAAUUCCUCACCACAAAAUAUGGGAGGCUUGACAUUCUGGUGAACAAUGCAGGCGUAUCAGGAGUGGAGGGAGAUGUUUCAAGUCUUCAAGAGGCGAUAGAAGCAAUGGCUGCUGCUGUCUUUGCUACCUCAAAGGCUGAGACGCCGCCGCUGCAGCUGAAAGCAAGUGGAACCAUGAUCCAGACAUACGAGGCUGCAGAAGAGGUCAUGCAAGCAAACUUCUACGGUGUAAAGAGAGUGACAGAAGCCUUUAUUCCUCUCCUCCAACUAUCUGAUUCACCAACUAUUGUCAAUGUCUCCUCCUUAAGUGGCCACCUUAACUUCUUGCGGAACGAGCGUGCAAAAGCUGUGUUGAGCAACGAGGCGGGGCUGACAGAAGAGAGCAUUGAUGAGGUGGUGCGAGAAUUCCUCAUUGAUUUCAAAGAGGGGAGAUUGGAGGAGAACAAGUGGCUGAUUGAUGGUGUGGCGUAUCAACUCUCUAAAGCAACAUUGAAUGCGUACACUAAAGUGUUGGCUAAGAAGCACACUGAUUUCAUCAUCAACAGCCUCUGUCCUGGCUUUGCAAGAACGGAUAUGACUAGCAAUCGCGGCGCCAUCAGCGCCGAGGAUGCUGCUCAGAGGGUGGUUAAGGUGGCGCUGCUGCCUCGUGGAGGGCCGUCGGGCGCCUUCUUUUAUGACAAGGAUGCGUAUGGUGUUGCUACUUGAUGAAUAGUGUCUGUGCGUGGAAGACUUGGCAUCACCAUUAUAAUAAAGCUCCCUAUAAUAAAAACUACUAUUACAAGCUUA